GAUCCAUUCAGGCGAACUUUAACUGUCUUUGUGUUAAGGCUGUUAUACUAUUCGUUCAUAGCGAACAAAGACAAUAUCAAAUAAUUUCUUAUUGCUUAAAUACUAAAUAGUAACGCAAUAUAGAGCACGAUUUCUUAGAUAUCUAAGAAAUAUAUAUUGUAAACGUUUUUUUUUACUGGUAAAUAAGAACACCGCAGUUUCAAAAUAUACAAUAAAUAAAUUCAAUCCUCAGUAGAGCUGUAUAAGAGUUAUCGUUACUGAUCUUCUGGGCCAAUCGUUUUUGUCACUAUUUGUUAUUUAUUGUUGAGUCGUAUCUCAAGUAAAUACAAACAUUGUAGCGUCCCUCUUAUCAGCUGGUCUCUAUUGUGAACUUCGAAACUUAAGAGUCUACUUUUUAUGUUUGCUUUGGGUUGGAGAAAGUCUGAACACAUUGAACAGGCACUCUAGUAGCAUGGAGAGAAUGACUUUAUAUUCUUUCAUGUUUGGUGCUAUUAUAUUCUCAAAGUUUGUAGCAGAGGGCAAGAUAACAUGUUUCUAUAGUUCAGAUGUCUUACAGUCAUCAGAUUUACACAGCAGUUUGUGUACAUAUAUAUCAGAUCUAUCAUCAGAUCCUGUUCAAAAUACAAUAGCAACUAGUGCGUUUGAUUCGAGCAACUCAAAUUUUGAUAUAAGCACCACCUUCAAUUUAGAAAGCAGUGCCUCAGAUAUAAACGAUCCAGAAACGAAUUCUAUUUCAUCAACACAUUUUUAUAGUGAUACCUCUGAUACACCUGUUGAUUUAACUAGCUUGGGGACUGACUUAAGCUCUUUUUCACCUUUAGUAAGUGCCACACAAACAUCAGAUAUUAAAAGUACAGACUUUGAGACUUCUGGAAAUUUUAUGAGCAGUGAUGUGAGCUCUUCUACGUAUUCAGUAAAUGCUGAAACUAAUCUAAACAGCAAAAUAUUAGGUCCUUCUCUUGUCAACAGUCUUUCUACAGACACUGAAAGCAUCGGAGUCUCCUCAAGCAUAAUUGCUUCUGAAAUAUUUCCUUCUAGCAAUGAUGAUCAGUCAAACACAGACCCCCUUCUAUCCACAAUGGUUGAAACAUCUUUAACAAGAAACGAUUACUCUGAAUCUAAUGAAAUAUCGUAUGCAAGCAGCGAUAUCUCUGAAUCCUCUAAAACAUCUUUUGAAAGCAACGAUAUUUCUGAUUCUGCAAAGUCCACAUCCGCCUCUUCAUCACAAGAUAUGACAGUGGAUACGACAAUGUUUUACACAUCCGAUUCAUCGCUAACUCAAGCUUACGACCCAAGCACCUUAGUUUCAGAGAUGGAUAGUUCGGAACUAAGUGUUAGUCCAACGUUACCACCCAGCAGUGUAGAAGUGUCUAGAAGCUCGAGUGCAGUUGAUGAAAUAAUAUCUUCAACUUUAGGCGUAGGGGUCUCUCUGUUUUCAAGCUUUGCUGAAACUUCAACCCCUGAAACUGCAACACCUGAAACUUCAACCCCUGAAACUGCAACACCUGAAACUUCAACACCUGAAACUUCAACACCUGAAACUUCAACCCUUGUUGUAGAAUCUAGUCUUGUAGAACUAUCCAAUAAUUCUAUUGUAAUGGUAUCAUUGGAGUCAUCAGAGCCCAGUUUAUUUUUAUCAGAGAGUACAAAUCAAGGAUUAGAAAUAACUUCUGUAGAAUUAUCACAAAGUUCUGUUGUAUUGUUUUCAUUACUGUCAUCAACACCAGAAUUAGCGGUCUCUGAUAUUUCUAUUACAAGAGAAACUGAGACUCUAUCAUUAGAAUCAAUUUCUAUUUUUUCAUCAGAUAUUUCAGAUCAGGUGGCCUCAACAGAAGCAUUCACAUCUAGUACAGAGUUGUCGGACUUGUCACAGACUAUAUACACGAAUACUGAAACACUAGAAACAAGCUCUUCGACAGGAUCAGAAAGUUCUAUUGAAAUGGUUACAACAGACCAAACAACACCCUGUUUAACGUUGUCUGAUACUACAGAUUAUACAGUAAGUGCGUCUUUAGCAUCUGAAACUAGCGCUGCAGCAGUGUCAGAGAAUUCUCAUGUGCUAUCAACAGAACUAAUUGCACCAAGUUUAACAUUGUCUGAUACUUCAGAUUUUACUGUAAGUACUACUACAGCAUCGGAAACUAAGACUACAACAGUAUCAACAGAGUCAAUGUCACCAAGUUUAAUUUCUGAUACUUCAGAUUCUACUUUAAGUAUUAGUACACCAGCAGAGACAAAUAGUGCGGCGUUAACAGAUAGCUUUAUUGUAAUGGUUUCUUCUGAGUCAAUUGCACUAACCGUAUCGAGGUCAGAUUCCUUAGAUACUAUAGCAACUGACUUUUCUACUUCAGCAUCGGAGACUGUAAUUGGAACGGAUUUAGGAAGUUCUCUAACACCUAUUUCCACACAUUCAGCAACACCAAAUUUAGCAUCGUCUGAUUUCUUACAUUCUAUUUUAAGUGCUACUCUAACAUUGGACACUAACACUGUAGCGGUGACAGAGAGUUCCAAUGUAGUGGUUUCGUUGACACCAAGCCUAACAACUUCCCAGCCAACAUCUCAUUUAGAGAUAGAGAGUUCGUCAACAAAUUGGAUAACACCAUCAGCUACACUUAACAGUACACCUACAACACCAUCAGCUACACUUAGCAGCACAGCUACUACACCAUCAGCUACACUUAGCAGUACAUUUACUACACCAUCAGCUACACUUAGCAGUACAUUUACUACACCAUCAGCUACACUUAGCAGCACGGCUACAACACCAUCAGUUACACUUAGCAGCACGGCUACAACACCAUCAGCUACACUUAGCAGUACAGCUACUACACCAUCACUAACUGACUUGAAUACAACAUCUGCCAUCACUUCAACAACAACGUCAACAGUGUUGCCCCUAGAAACAGAAGAAAGAAAUGUUACAUUUGAAUUUAACCUGGACGCAAAUGUGACAAUCACAGAUAAUCUUAAAAGAGAUAUAGAAGCUCAGCUCUUAAAUUUAUUUAGACCUUGGAUGAAAGACUUACAGGGAGUUCAUAUCUAUAAUGUAAGUGUAGAUCCACGUCAACGAUCAUUCAAGCUAAAAGCAGACGUGGGAUUUAUUCUAGACUCCAGGAAUUCAAUACAGCAAUUAACAACAGGAUUAACUAAAUAUAAAGAUGAAAAACAGAACCAUCCUUUAAUGCUAGGCACAGUUAACGCUACUCUAGCUGACAUUAAAGUGAACAAUGUCUCAUUUAGCAGUUUGAAUGACGACUGUGAAAAGGCUAAACACAUUUCAGGCUGUAGGGAUUCCUGUGAUGAUCCUCGAGUAGAGGAAGUCUGCAGAAAAUCUGACAAUAUAGAUGACUUAAUCAUUGGACUCGCUGUGGGCAUCCCGCUCUUUGUGUUGACCAGUUUGUUAAUCAGUCUGCUAGUCUGCAUCUACAGGAGGAGGAAAAGGAAAGAAAAAUACAUGGAUGAAAAAGACAUGCCUGAUAUUUAUAUGGGAAAUCUGUUUGCCUCAUCAUUUGCUAAACAGAACAUGCGAUAUCCAAAUGGUGAGUAUGAUAAAAUCUCCAACGGUUCAUCCAAUGGCUCCUACAGUUCAAAGAAGAAAGUUCCUAAGACAACUUCUGGUGAUGAGCAAUCGCGUUGGUACAAUUCACUUCAGCACCAACCGAAAAGUGGCUUUAAAGGAAAUUUUUCUUGGGAUUUCUUAUACAGUGGGGAAACAUUUAAAAUACAAAGGCCCAAGUUAAAUGCGCUAUCUACAGAUUUGUAACUAGAUCUGAACAAUGCCUUCACGCUUAACGUAGGAAAACUGUGAUGUAUCAAUCACUGGAGAUAUGUUUGUAAAGUAAAAAAAUUGACAAGGGUAAUACAAGGCAAAGAACUAUGAAAACGAUCAUUAUUAGCAAGAGGACAAACCAUUGGAGACCCUUUCUGUGUUUACUUAAUAGUUGGCAAGUCUUAGUUAUGGAAAAAAUGUAUAAUUUAUAUAAAUACUGAUAAGUCGGAUGUAAAUGUAUCAUUAUAUUUUGUAUUUUUAUACAUGUAAUUACAAUGUAAAUGAGGCUUUAUAUUAGAUUAUGAUGUGAACUAAUGUGUCUAUGCAUACAAUACAAUAGUUCUUUGCCUUUAAGGCUCUGGUGCCACUGAGUAUCACUUUCAAACUCUUUACUCUGUCCAGAUACUUGACAUACUUGACUUUUUCUGUUGAAGUAUAUGGCUGUAACUACUUCACCAUCGGAGUCCUGGAUGAGUCCCCUCAGGUCCGAUGACGUCCUUCCUUCUGUCUUUGCUUCUUUGUUUGCUACUGAUCUCCUCCAGGUUUUUUCUUUGUCUGACAGUCUCUUCCCUGUGAGUUCCAGUCCAGAGCUUACGUUGCAAUAAUGUUCUUUGUUCUUCCUAUCGAACAUUCGAUUUAUGUCGCUAACAUUUCUCAUUGAAGGCCUGGAGCUUAGUUUCACACUUCUUUUGUAUAAAAUCAAAGAAUAGAUUUCACAGUGUCACAGAUAGGUUUAGAAGAAACAAAGCCACAAACAAACAAAUCUUUCUGCCUAUGUAUGCCUUAUACUGAAUUGUCUGAAUAAGAGUAUUCCUAAAUCAUCACUAUUUUUAUAUAAAUCUUAUAAAACUUUUUUCAUUGCUGUUUAAGUCGUAGAACGACUAAACACAUCUCGCAGGUCGAGAUGAGAGUCGGGGAUUUAUCAAGUGUUGGAUUAUUAUCAAACGUAAUUUGACGAUCCCGAGUAACAGGAUAGUCCGGUACUGUUUGACACUAGCAUAGCAGGAUAUGACAAAGUGUUAUGCUGUUGGUUAAAAGAGUCCGAAGAUCACCAACUUGUGAUUUUUUUCCUCAGCUUUCUUUUCCAAUAUAUUUUUUUUAUAUCCGGGUAUAGAGUGCGAAUGAAUGGAUUCUGAGUUUUCCGUCUCAUCUUAAAUGUGAAAACCAAGGCUCUUCUGCUCCAAGCAGAUCACUCGCAAUGCCACCUUCUGCUCCAAGCAGAUCACUCGCAAUGCCACCUUCUGCUCCAAGCAGAUCACUCGCAAUGCCACCUUCUGCUCCAAGCAGAUCACUCGCAAUGCCACCUUCUCCUAAUGAAGACGACGUUCUCAUCUCAUUUAUUGAGAUUUUAAACCUAGGCCAAUGUGUUCGCAAUAACUCAAGACAUCAUUGAAUAGUCACCAAAACUUAGAAGCGUGUUAGUUGUUGCCGAUGAUAUUUAUAUUUCAUAAAUCAUUUAAAUAAAAGUAAAUUUAAAAAAAAAAAUG